GGCGGCUAGGAGAACUCAAAAAGAUUAUAGACUGUAAUGUUAGCCAGCUGUUAGAUGAACAGCCAACAGAUUCUGGUCAUGAUAGACAUGUAACAGAUACUGGUCACAACAAGAUAACAGAUACUGGGCAGAGACAGCUUUGUGUUCAACAAGAACAAACGGAAAACAAGAUAAUCAGAAAAAAUGAGAAAAAUGAUGAACUCGAUAAUUCUAGUUCAGAACCAAUUGGGCCACCUUCCAUACUUCUCCGAUAUCUUUUACGAGAAAGGAAUAACCCGAAGCCUGUUGUUGAUCCCAAUGUGGCAAACUGUCCAAGACAAUCUCGGAUCAAAGACACAGAAGUUAAAGAACCAGAAGCAAGAACAGGACUGCAGAUCAAACAUGAAGAUAAACCCAAUAAAGAUAUACCAAUGGACUGGGGACCUGCAAUUAGAACAUCUUUCCUGUCAGAAAUUGAUACCCCGGUCAGUUUGAACGAGGAUCCAUUUAGGUUUAGCUUUGUGACCCAAACCAACCUCUCAAACCGGUCAGCUCUGAACCCACCUCACAAGAAAAAUACAGACUCUGCAGUAAUAAACAGCCAGGAAGAACUGGCAUUUAAUCCAGAAAACCAAAGAGCAACCAAGAUGAAAGCAAUGAAUGAAGAUGCUCUUAACCCUGAUCUUACUCCUGCAAAGAUGGCAAGAUUGGAGGAGCAAGUAGAGCUUACUCUUCCAGUUGUUCAACUUAGUUGGGAUGAUUUUCAGUUCUCAGAUUACAAAUUCAUAGAACUUGAAGACCCAGCUGGAAAACAAGAUUUAGAGAUGUUUUCAUAUCAACCUAGAUUAUUUGAACCUACUAAAAAUAAUCUUGGAGCAAUAGAGAAUCAUAAAAGAUCAGAGAAGGUUAGGAUGGCUGAAAACCACAAGCUAGGGAUAGAAGAUGACCUCUGGAAAUUAAUAUUAAAUACACAACCUGAAACUAAACAAGACUUGGGGACAGAAGAUUUAAUCGAGAAUAAAAAUGAGCCAAAAAAAGAUCCAAAAUGGGAGGCAUGUAAAAACUCUGACCCUAUCUUUCUUUCUCCUGGUAUAAAAAGAAGAAUUUUGGACCUAGCUCUUGGUGAAAUGGUCAGUCUGGUCCACCCAUCUCUUCUUACUUCACAACAAACAGAAAAUGAGAAUGGUGAGUUGACCCCUUCCUCCUCCAUUCUCCAUCCGGCAACAUUCUCCAACCUCACUCCAACCUCCAUUAUCAGCCCACCAACCUCCAUUAUCAGCCCACCAACCUCCAUUUUCAAUACUCCAACCUCAACUGCGAUUACUGUUGACGGAUUAACUAUAUUCAGAUGUGGGAAGAAUAAUGAGAUUAAACCAAAGAAUUUAAGAAUGUCGAGUUCAAAUUCCAAGGAUAAUUCCCAACAGACAUCAUCCAACUCUACUCUUCAACCCGUUAUAAUCCAAUCCAAAUCAAUCCAGACUUCUCAUCCAACCUUGAAACGUUCCGCUCCUUCUCCAAUCCUAACCCUGAUACGUCCUAACUCCACAUCAACCCAAACCUGGGUGAACUCUGAUCCUACCAUGCGACUUACAACCAUCAAAUCUAAUCCUAAAGUUCUAUCUCUUUCUGGUUUGUCCAAACCUUCAAGUGCAAACCAAACCAAUCCCUAUUUUAAUAUCAUUCAAACCCAACCUAAUCUGCCCUUUGGAUCUAAUGUCCAAUCUCACAACUGCAGACUAGUAAAAGUUGUACAAAAAUCGUACUGUACAACUGCUAGUAAUGUACAGAGUCCAAACUGUACAAGAAUUGAUUAUGUACAAAGCCCCCCUGUUGUAACGGUAAAAAAACUAAAAGAAACGGAUGAUACUUGGAAUGCUUCUUCAGAAAACAAUGAGGUGCAUGGUGAAAAGAACACAUUUGAUCAAUCAGAAUUUCAAGAAGUGUCCUCAAGUUUGAUACCUGUUGUUGGUACUCCAGAAUCAGAGGAAGAAUUGGAUGAGACAGUGUCAAGUUACAAGAUUGAACUUUUAAAGGAUGCAAUUGAUAAUCGGCCUAAAGGGGGAGGCAAGCUUCUUGGAACUGGGGGAGGCAAGCUCCUUCGGUCCGAGGGCGUCAAGCUUGAUGAACUGGACGAACUGGAUGGGGGAGGGGAGAAGAUGAUGGUUUAUGAGGAUAUUACUAGUUUAUGCUUACCCAGUCUUCAAUCCUCCUCACCAGAUACUUUAGAUCCUUGUAGUUCUACCUCACACACAAUACAGGGAAAGGAGGAUGUUCCAAAGCGGUUUUGUUUAGUAUGUGGAGAUACCGCCUCUGGAUUUCACUACGGUGUUUCUUCGUGUGAAGCCUGUAAAGCAUUUUUUAAAAGAACUAUUCAAGGGAACAUAGAUUACAGCUGUCCUGCUUCCGGGGACUGUGAGAUUAAUAAGAGAAGGAGAAAAGCAUGUCAAGCUUGCAGGUAUCAGAAAUGUAUCAGGAAAGGGAUGCUAAAGGAGGGUGUGAGAUUAGACCGAGUACGAGGUGGGAGGCAGAAGUACAGACGAUUAACCGAAGGAACAGCUUAUGGUGAAAUAAAUUCUACUAGACGAGUAUCAUUAGAAGAUAAUUACAUGCUAGAGUGUUUAACAAAUAGUGAACCCGACCCAAUAUCAAUAUUAGACUGUGAGCCUUGUACAAAGUUAGAUGAACUGCGUACUGCAGCUGUACUAGCAGAUGUUUAUGAUAGAGAACUUGUUUUAACAAUAGGUUGGGCUAAACAGGUUCCCGGAUUUUCUGAACUUAGUUUAAAUGAUCAAAUGAAAAUGUUACAAAGUAGUUGGACGGAGGUUUUAACCCUAACCCUUGUGUACAGAUCUCUCCCUAAACUGGGUCUGCUAAACUUUGCAACAGAUUUCAGUUUAACAAAGGCAGAUGCUGAAGAGGUUGGCCUUCUGCAGUUCUUCCAGAAGUGUAUGAUGAUAAUAGAAAAGUUGGCAAGCCUAAACCUGUAUAGAGAGGAGUACCUUAUAUUGAAGAGUUUGGUUUUGGUGAAUUCUGACUGUAGUAUAGAGAUGAAGGAUAGAGUUGAGGGAAUAAAAGAAUCUGUAAUCUCAUCUCUUCAGGACUGCUCAUCCGUCCUAAGAUGUGUUGAUCCAAGUCUAGCUGUCAAUCAACUACUAUUACUUCUUCCAAGUCUACGCGAGGCUGAUAACCUCCUGAGAAUAUUCUGGUUAAAAAUUAGAAAGGAGGGAAGGGUGCAAAUGAACCGACUCCUGGUAGAAAUGCUGGAGAGCUGAGGAGCGCUUUCUACGAUCUUCGUUAUUUCUUCAAUUUUUAGAUAUUUUGAUUUGUGAUCUUCUGAAACUAUGAU